CUAAUAAUAAGGGUCUAAUUUGUGUUAACUUCACUUACUUUUCGUAAUGCCUGUGUACAUGCAUAAACCUGAUAAUGUUUUAAAAAGAGCUCAAGAAUUUAUAGAUGUUGGUAAAGAUGAUCGAGCAUUAGAAGCAUUAGCAGCCUUAAUUAAAAAUAAGCCUCAUAAGAUAUGGCAGAAAACUCCAGAAAAAAUUUUAUAUGAUUAUUUUAACAAAUUCUUAACACUAUGCGUUAAAUUACGUAAGUCAGAUAUUGCCAAAGAAGGUCUCUAUCAUUAUAGAAAUAUUUGUCAACAGGUCAAUGUUAGUGCAUUAGAAUCGGUAUUUAGAAAUUUUCUAGAAUAUGCAGAGAAGAGAACUUUUGAAGCAUUAGAAGACUCAAAAGAUAAAAUUAUACAUGUUGAUGAUCUAGAUGUUAUCCAAUCACCUGAAGAAUUAUUGUUGAGUGCUGUUAGUGGGGAGGAUUCAUUAGAUCGUAAUAAUCGUUUAUUAUUAACACCAUGGGUUAAAUUUUUAUGGGAAGCCUAUAGACAAUGUUUGGAUUUACUUAGGAACAAUAAUUUAGUCCAACCUUUAUACCAUGAAAUUGCUAAAAAAACCUUUGAAUUUUGUCAAAAAUAUUCAAGAAGAACUGAAUUUAAAAAAAUUUCUGAAAAUUUAAGAAAUCAUAUCUCACUGCUUCAAAAACAAAAUAACCCAUCAAUAGCGAUUGAUCUGAAUAACUAUGAAACCCAGCAAAUGCAUUUAAAUACAAGGUUUAUCCAAUUGGAUAUAGCUAUUCAAAUGGAAUUGUGGCAGGAAACAUUUAAAGUUGUUCAAGAUAUUUAUGGAUUAAUGCAGAUAACAAAAAAGCAAGUUAAAACUCCUGUUCGUGUUUGUUAUUAUGAAAAAUUGGCAUUAGUCUUCUGGAAAGCGGAAAAUAAUCACCUGUUUCAUGCUUGUGCAUUACAUCGUCUUUAUAGCCUUUUUAGAGAUAAUAAAAAGAAUUUUAGCCAAGAAGAUUCACAUAAGAAAUGUACAAUUACUCUUUUGGCAACCUUAUCAAUACCCAUCCCACCUUCUAAGAAUGAUAUCGAUAAAUUUUACGACAACAAUGAUAAAAAUAGGAAAUUAGCUGCCCUACUUGGGCUUGUUACUCCACCCACAAGACAUUCUUUGAUUCAAGAUUUGAUCCGUUUCAACAUAAUAAGUAACGUUCCCAUUGAACUAAAAAAUUUGUUUGAUUGGUUAGAGGUCGAUUUUCACCCAUUAAAAUUAGCUUCGAGAGUUAGCACUUGCUUAGAUUACAUCAAAGAAAAACACCCAGAGCUCCAGCAAUACAUACCAUUUCUCAAAGAAGUGACUCUCUUCAAGCUUCUACAACAAAUUGCUCAAGUAUACAAAACUAUCAAAUUCGAUAGGUUUUGUUCCAUAGCUUCUUUUCUGUUACCCCAAGAUAUAGAACGAUUUAUUGUUAACGUGGCCAAAAAUAAUGAUAUUCAAGUCAGGCUAGAUCACGAAAAACGUUUAUUGUCUUUUGGCACUGAUUACACUAUAUCAGAACGGGAAGAUGACAACUCGGACUGCCCCCAACUCCAGGCUCUUCCUACAGAAAGGAUAAGGGCUCAACUCAUUUUCUUGGCUCAAACACUCGAUAACGGCCUAUCCCUCCUACCAUUGGUUCAUUUGCAAAAAAAUACGGAGGCUCAACAACUUAUUUUGAUCAAACGAUUUCAAGAAACUGCAACAGAAGAUUUUCAUAAAGUUGGUCAGCGUCUCGAUGUCAUUGAUAAUAGACGGAAGAAAUUGGAGGAUAUUCAAAAGGAUAUGAUUAAAGAAGCCAAGCAAAAUAAGUUGAAAUUGGAAGAAAAAGAGGUCAUAGCCAAGCGGGAACAAGAAAAUAAAGAAAAAGAACUCAGCAAAAUGCAAGAACGCAAGAUGAUGGAACAUACAAAUUACCCUAACAAAUCACUGGCUACUAAUAUAAAUAAAGGAAUCAAUGACAGAGAUGCCACAACAAUUUACAAUAUAAACGAAGCUGGUGAUCUUAAGAAAACGCAGAAUAAAAUAAAUCAGGAUUUAAUAGCCAAGUUAAAAACGCAAUACAAAAAAGUUGAUCAUUUAGCUAGGGCUAUUCGCCAAGAAGAGGUUGUAAAACUUAAAACUUACACUCAAGAUUUGAUGGAACAAAGGAAAGUUAAUUGGGAAAAAUUGGAAAUAUUGCGAAUACAAAACGAAGAAAAAUCUAAUGCAUUAGGACUAAAAGAAAAGGAUAGAUUGUCUCGUAUAAAAUAUGAUAUAAUUAGCAUGGUUGAACAAUUGAAAGAUGUCCAUGGACCAGCAUAUCAGACUGCCUUAAUAAAUUUCGAACAAGAUUUGAUUGACGAACGUGCGAAAAGAUUAAAAGCAAGAGCGGACGAAAGAAAAAGAGAAAGGAAAGCCCGUUAUGAACAAAGAAGAAAUCUCGAGAGAGAAGAAGAAGAGAGAAGAACCAGGUACGAGGAGGAUAAAAGAAGUAGGUAUGACGAAGAUAAAAGGAGUAGGUUUGACGAAGAGAGGAGCAAUAGAGCACCACCGAAUUCUCUUUACCAACCACCUAUGCGUCAACAACAAAAUUUCGAUCAACCUAGCAAUCAAAAGUUACAUCAUAUGCUCUUUGAUAUUAUUUAUUUAAUUUUCUUUUAAAAUGUUUUUUCUCGUU